CCUCUUUUGCAACUCUGGAGUGUUGGCAAAGGUCUAAUUUUCGCUCGAGUACAUUAUGUUAAGUCUGUCGAGUGAGUAAUUGUUUUCUUGUCUUUUCUUAUUAAUCGCUUUUUCGUUUUGGAUUGCGAUAUUUUGUGGGAAAAGCUCUGAUAAUUGAUUUACAACAUUUAUUUUAGAAAACAAAGCAGCAGUGCUGAUGGUAUAUUUCUGUUGGAUUUGCUGCUCUCUUCUGCAAAUCAUUAAAUUAUUCAUUUUGUUAUGUCUGAUAUAUGGAUCGCAAUAAGCCAUAGACAACCUACUACCUCAGAUUUUGAAUCUAUCUAAGGGAACAAGUUCAUAUUAUGCUAUUGCAGUGAGUUCUAGUUUGUUUAGAAUAUUUUAAAUCUGAUAAUCAUGCUGCCAGAUUAUAACCAAAACAGAGGGUGGCCUGAGUGACAGGUUUGCAAGAUUGCUUUGCUCUCUCUCCGUAGCGAUGGGUGCAAAGUAUGCUACUUGACAUUAGGUUACGAAUUUGUACUAUAUGUUAUGCGUUCCUUUGUCUAUACUCGUCGUUUCAAUCUUCGUCUACCACUCAAAUCAUUUUAGUUAUUCUCCUUAAAUUAGAACCUUGUAGUGCUCAUGGCUUCAUCAUUCAACCAUUAUCUUUCUAAAUCGAGCACUCAUCUUAAGAUUUCACCUAUUAUCUGUGAUUAUCUUCGUGAAUAUUUGAUAUUCUGGUAAUAAAUAUGUUUAAUGUACAUUUGUGGUAAAGUUAACUAUUUUCUGAUACUGGAUCCUUAAAUAAUAUCAAUAAGCUUAGACUCACCUUGUCAGUAGGAGUAUUAUAAUGUCAAAGUUCUACUCAGAACUAGAGAGCAUUAUUGGUUUUUUGUUUGUUGAUCUAUAUCCGUUUCUCUUUCUACUACUUUAAGACACUUGGUAUUACUUUUCUAUCUAGAAGUCCUUGCUUAUCUCUUUACUUAAGAUCAACAUCAAGAUUUUUGGGAAAAAUUAUGAACGAUUAUGUUUACAGUUUUUUUAAGACAUAAAUAAUGUUACUACAGAAUAGUGCAGCUCCCAUUUAAAGCUCUUCCAUUUCACAAUCUAAACAUUAAUAGUUAAGUACAUGUAAGUGUAUUAUUGUAAUCUGCUACUAGUUUAAAGUGUUAAUCCAUGUGCGGGCCUGAGAUUGCAGUCUUUACCAUCACAAGAAACUAGUAGCAUUUGCCUAUGCUAUUCUUAAUGUUUGACCAAUGUUACAUUGUUCCAAACCCUCCUUAUAUGGUGUGGCUUUCAUGCUUGAAAUUUGGUGGUACACCAAUUAGGAGAGAAAAUGUCAGCAGCAACAAGUCUGACCUUGCAUAUCUUGUUUGACAUUAACGAUUACAUGCAAAACUUUUAUUAGGUUGGGAAAGGGAAAACUACUGGUCUGGAGAAGACUCAGGUUUUACAUGAAUUGCAUCUCUCUUCCUAGAUCUUGUUGGAACUUCUCAAUGACUUUGGACUCAGUUAGUAACUGAGGGCGAUAUGUUAAUGUUGCUUAAACAAAAGGGAAACUUAUAUUUUUUAUAAUAAGUGGAAGAUGCAAGGGAUUCUAAGUUGUUCUUAAAGUGGCUAGUCUAAUGAUGUUUGGAGGUGGUUUUCUAAAUGUCAGUCAUUUCCGUAACUAAGUUCCUGAUGAGUUCAUUUAUGAAUGUUUCUUGUUGUGCUUGUCAUCAGGCAGUUGACAAGUUACAGGACAAAAAUUAGUCAUCCUCUUGAAAAUAUGAAAAUGUGAGGCAACUUAAUCUUCCAGCAGUUGAACUGUAAUUGAUUCCAUAUCAUCCUUCUGUGUGGAGAAAACCCAUUUGGUCGACAUAUUCUUUCUGUUUUUAAUCCAAAAAAAGGGAUACUGCCACUUCUCAGAAAGCUCGAAUGACGUUGGAGAUUAUGAUCAAGGAAAAGGAAGACUCUAGCACCUCUAAACAGUGACAACUAUCAAGUUGGAGAAUAUACAUGUCAUGAUAGAAAGCUUUUGGAAUUUGUUGGAAAAAAGGAUCUGUUGGAACAAAUUGCAAGCAUAUCACUCAAUUUAUCAUCUUAAAACAUACGAAGAACUAGUACUCCUAUUUGUACUUGACAAAAUAUUGAACAUUUCAUUGGAGUUUGGGCAUGCUUCAUUGCAAGUUUAGGGGCUUCAAGAGGUAAUCAUUUAUAAAUUGGGAAAGUAUCAACAACCCCAAAAGCUUUAUAGUAAUAAUGGAUCCAAUCAAAAGAAGCACAUGGGAAGGAACCUAUGCAAAAGCACAGUAACUGCAGGAGCUUAGCUUAUGGAAACCCAUUCAGGCUGAUCACAUGGUGCUGGUUUGUAUUGCCUGAGCUGCUGAACUAUUGUGUGGUUUACGAUGAUUUUUGGUGGAACUAGUCAACAUUCCAAUUUUUGUAUAUGAUUAAGCCUGUCAACAACUGAUUCUGAACAAAUCCAAUGGACAUUGGAAUUCAGAUGUGAAACAAUAAAGUGUCUGCAAAAUGGAAGCUCAGACCACAUUGUAUCAAUGGGAAGAACUUUUAGAUCAUUGUUGAUAAUAUGCACUUGUUGAAGAAUAGUUCAGUGAUUUUGUUGAGAUCAAAUUUUCAUUUCAGCAAAUAUUUGAAGCGGUACUUCCAAAGGACCACAAUCUUUUGGUGAAAGAAUUGUAGGGAAUUUUACAAAGAGUUAGACCAAACCUUGGUGGAGACAGACAAAAAAUGGUUAAGAGCUUCGUUCUGCAAUUAAAAAAAAAAAGCUAUGUUCUUUGGAUAUAUCAUCCAGAGAUUCCAGACUAUAGUUACCUUUUUAUUUUGGCCUCUGUGUUGUUGCUUUUGGAGAGUGAUAUCUUAUAUCUCCAAUACCAUGGAUAAUCUUUUGACUUCACAGUGAUUUAACGCAAUAUGCCAAAGCGAAUAUCUUAAAUUUCUCAUCUUGUAGAUUACUGGUAGACAAGGUGUUAUUUAGUUGUUUUGCACUGCAUUAUGUCAUCGAGAUAUGUGAAACAGAAGGCAUCAACCAAAUAAGCAUGCUGUUGAAAUUUUCCAAAGAUUAUUCUGAAAUAGGAGGCUGCGAGGAGGAAAUAUUUUUUGACUCAAAAGAAAGUUUGGAUUCUGAAUGUGAGGAUGAUUUCUUUAGUGUCAUUGGAGACUUGACACCGUCACGAGUAAGUACCCCUGACCAUCAAACAAAUGUAAGGUUGAUCUCUGGAUUGGAUAAUACCAUCUUUGUGGACAAGUAUCCAGACUCUAAAUCCGAACCCUCUCCCGCUGGUAGAAAGAAAUUAGGUGACAUUCUACAUGAAACAAUUCAAGGUGAACGAGCAGUUGAUGCAACAAAUGCUGCCGAAGAGGAAGUGGGAAUCAAUGGAAAACCCGAUGUACUCAAAACCGACACAGACCAAGCUCCAGGAUCAUUAAAUGGCACUCCAUACUGCUCUGGAGCCACUUCUGUCUGUGCAAGUGAAAUGACACCAAGUCAGGAUCGCAAGAACAGGAAAGGCAAAAUAUGGAAGGCUGGUCAUUGUUGCUUGCCAAGCUUGCAGAGUUUUGGCUUUGAUGAGAAAAGGCAGAAGCUGAAUCCUGGAGCCUACAAUUCCUGAUACUGCUGUUGCUUUUAGUAAAUUGUCUUCUGAAUGGGUUAUCUAGGCUCCUUAUAGUACUUCCAUUGUAUGCUCAUAUGUACGAGUGUCAUGAUCUUAGCCUCGACAUAGACCUUUAAGAGUUAGUUAAAGAGACAAUUUUUGGCAGAUAACUGCGAGUUGGAAAUCUGUAAACAAAAGCUUGUUACAUUUUCUACUGCCAUGUAAAAUUUCCAUGCACUCAUAAACAUGGAAAAGAAGAAACAAGCAGUUAACUUUUCUUUGGAAA